AUGAAGAAAGAAAAUAAUUACAUAAAAGACGAUGAUAAUUUCCAAGUUUUAAUUAAACAAAUAUGUAAUGAAUUAAAGAAGAGAGAUAAGAACAAAAAUGGUUUAAUGCUGUAUAAUUCUUUCAUUGAGGUGAUGGAUAUGUUUCAAAUAGAAUAUGGUAGCCACAUUAUAGAUUAUUUGAUGAAACACUGUUCUGUAACUGAAGAUGGUUUUGUAAACUAUAAAAAUUUAUUGCUUAUUCAUGACCCUUCAAAAACAGUUAGAAAUAACUCCGAAUGUAUAGCAGAGUCUAUCAAUCCUAAAUUUAUACAUGUACAAGAUAAAUGUGAAGAUAUUGAUAAAUCUAUGCAAAAAAAAAAUGAAAUCAUAAGAAAACUAUACGCCCAGUGGGAUAAAUGCUUAUUAAAAGAUGAAGAGUUUAAGAAUAAAUUAAUAGAGGCAAAUAUUGAUAUAACUCCAGAAUUUGAAAGGGCCUUAUACUUAUAUGGCCCUAGUAGAUCACUAAGUUUUGCGAAUGUAAUGAAAACAUUAUACAUAAAUAAUUGUAGAAAUAGAAAGAAUAGAAACAAUUUUAUAAACAAAAUAAAAGAUGAAAAAUGGCGCAAAUUAAAUGUUGAUGAAAAUACACAAUGUUUUCAAGAGCCUAACCGAAAUCCCAUAGCAUGGGAAGAACCAAAUAUUAUAGAUGCAGAUAAUUUAAUCGAAAAUGUUGAAGUAAUUUCAAAGUAUUUAAAUGGGGAAGAAAAUUUUAACUUAAACAAAGAAAUAAUAUCAAAAGAUUUUUUUAAUAAUACAGUAAAAAAUUUAAUAAAAAACUAUAUUGCUAAUAAAAUUUCAGAAAAAGAAUUUUAUUUAUAUUUAAGUAAACUAAAUAUAUCAAUUACGCAAGAAUUAAAUAAUUUAAUUAAGUAUCAUGAGUCUGAUAGUAAUGGAAAAUUCAAAGAUUUUGCUACAAUAAUACACAGAUGUAUACCAAGAAAUAUAACACAUAAUUUACAAACAAAUGUUGAAUCAGCAGAAGUUGGAAGGAAUAAUAAACAUACAAAUUUAAAUUUUACUUUUAAUAAUUUCCAUAGUAACAAUUUAUCUUCCGAUAAUUUUAAUGAUAAUAAAUGA